AUGUAUCCUGACGAAGUCCUGGCUGGCCUGGUGCAAGCCGCAACCGUGCUAGCUGAUGAACAGAAUCGAAGUUCAUCUUCACUGGGCAAGCGGAAACGCGAUGAGAAUGACACUCAACCUACUCAACUUGCCGACAACUCCCAGUCCAGUGAUGUGCAUGACCCCGGAGACGGAUCCAACCAACCCCAGCUUCAAAACUCUGCCUCCAUUUUGUUUCGCGAGCCUUCAGCCAAGAGCCGAAAAUACAGCAGACCCCCUUUGGGGAAGGUCUUCAAUUCCCUACAACUCGCCCCAGAGAACUUCCUGCGCCUUCAAAAUGCCGCGAAAGCCUUUAUGCUUGAUGAGGCGCACCCUGAGCGCAGGGAGGUGGUUGGACAUAAGAAACAUAUGGGAGGAGCAGACGUUGCAAAGUUGAAUCUAUGGCGAUGCGUGGAGGACUUCUUGGCAGGCCACGGAUAUGGAGCAAAGUACUUCGGUCCUGGAGUCGGAAAUGACAUUCCGGGAGCGCCUAAAAGAACUAUCUUAUGGCCACAGGAUGGCCAGGUGAUUGUCAAACUGAUGAUGCCGCUGAUGAGAAAGAUGGUCACAAAUGAACGCCAACGAGUUUACGCAGCAACUAGUAGGAAAGGAGGCACGGUACCAACGGACCACACUUCAAAUUCUCCCAUUGGGGUAGAUGGCUCGACCCUAUUGACAGAGAACGGUCUAUCCCCAACACCAGUCCCCACCACAGCAGCUGUGCCAGAUGCCGCAGCAGCGAUCCCAGCCGAAGUUCUAACACAGUCCCCAAGUGAGGCGCCGCCGCCAAACACGGUAUUUAAACAAUCAACUGUCCUUUAUGUCAACGUAGUGUCAAAUACCGGUGGUGCAUUAAGACGAGAAGUCCCUCGGUUCACCCUUACACCGGAAUCCGCUCCUAGCCUGGCCGCUUUGAUUGCCGAGGUCGACAAGAGGUACAAGAGACCAGCAGAUCCAGAUAUUUCCACACAGCAAAAGCAGCCAAUUGUGAAGGUCUGGCUGACCGACGGGUUAGUGACGGUUGCAGAGGAUGGAGAAUGGAUGGUAGCACUUUUGAGUGCAGGUGUGGUUGACUGGAUGGACGGCGAGAUCAGGGUCUUGGUUGAGGUCUAA